AUACAGCAGAGCACCAGUACGUAAUAACACUCCCAGUUCUUACGUUCCCGAAACGACUGAAAUAGACAUGCUCUCGCUGGCAACAUUAGCAAAGAACUUGAAACCAAACUGGGUCUGUGUUAUUGGUCGUUGUGCAUAUGGCUCUGCUGCACAACCCAAGCCGUAUACAAGCCCAGACAUCGGAUGCAAACAGAUUUUCAUCAAUAAUGAGUGGCAUGAUUCAGUCAGUGGAAAGACAUUCCCCACUAUCAAUCCAUCAACUUGUGAAAAAAUCUGUGACAUCGCUGAAGGAGACAAAGCUGACGUUAACAAGGCUGUAGUCGCUGCGCGUGAAGCGUUUAAGUUAGGGUCACCAUGGAGGACUAUGGAUGCAUCUGAGCGAGGUCUUCUCAUGAAUAAACUGGCGGAUCUUAUUGAAAGAGAUAGAGAGUAUCUUGCAAGUUUGGAAACUAUUGACAAUGGUAAACCCUUUCACAUAUGGAACUUUCCGUUACUAAUGAUGGCAUGGAAACUUGGUCCAGCACUGUCAAUGGGUAAUACUAUCGUCAUGAAACCAGCUGAACAGACUCCACUUUCUGCACUGUACGUUUGCUCACUGAUCAAAGAGGCUGGAUUCCCUGCUGGUGUCGUAAAUGUUAUACCAGGUUAUGGUCCAACAGCUGGUGCCGCCAUUUCUGAACAUAUGGAUGUUGAUAAAGUAGCCUUCACUGGAUCCACUGAGGUUGGACAUAUCAUCCAGGUUGCUGCUGGCAAAAGUAAUUUAAAGAAAGUGACACUGGAGUUGGGUGGAAAGAGUCCAAACAUUGUCUUCAAUGAUGCGAACAUUGCUGAUGCUGUAGAGCAAAGUCACUUUGCAUUGUUCUUCAACCAAGGACAGUGUUGUUGUGCAGGAUCCAGAACUUUUGUCCAUGAAAGUAUAUACGAUGAAUUUGUCAAAAAAAGCGUAGAGAGAGCUCGUAAUCGUACUAUUGGUAAUCCAUUUGACAAAUCUAAUGAACAGGGUCCUCAGGUUGAUGAAGAACAAAUGAAUAAGAUUCUUGAGUUGAUUGAGAGUGGCAAGGCAGAAGGUGCUAAGUUGAUGUGUGGUGGUGCUCGUCAUGGUGAUAAAGGAUUCUUCAUUCAACCUACUGUUUUUGCGGAUGUUAAAGAUAAUAUGAGAAUAGCCAAAGAAGAGAUUUUUGGCCCUGUCAUGCAAAUUCUGAAGUUCAGCACAAUUGAUGAGGUAAUUGAACGUGCUAAUAACAGUUGUUAUGGUUUAGCUGCAGCUGUGAACACAACUGAUCUCAAUAAAGCUAUCGCCAUUGCUAAUGGCGUUAGAGCUGGUACUGUCUGGGUAAACUGUUUUGAUGUAUUUGGAGCUCAAGCACCAUUUGGUGGAUACAAAAUGUCUGGAAGUGGACGUGAAUUAGGAGAAUAUGGACUGGAGGCUUAUACUGAAGUUAAAACAGUAACUAUACAGAUUCCGCAGAAGAACUCUUAAGUCUGGUGUCUUCAUUCGUGGCUUGACAAUACACAUAUCAUAAUUCUCUCAAAUAUUUCUAAAAUCCAUAACUGCUAACUGUAGAAGUUAUUAAUUAUUAAUUAUGCAGAGUAUAUUUAAUUAAUUCAUUCACUGUCACCACAACAAACCAAUUCUCUUCAUUUUUAUAAAUUUCAUACUGGAUGGAACACGAUGUUUAUAUUGGCCAUUGAAAUAACCUAGGAAGAUUUUCAGUUGACAUCUAUGUGCCCUAGGCUUGUUGAUUGGUUGGUUGGAUUCAACUGCCAUUGAAGGGAAAAUGAAGAGAAGAAGUUUCUUGUGUCAAUUGUAUAUGCUAUUAUAAAGAAAGGAGCUCAUCUGAAAUAACAUUGAUUAUGAAAGUGAAUAUAAAAUUCAUAUCGUGGAAUCACUGCAGUUCUAGCUUGCUGUGCUGACAUAGAAUUUUUUGAGAUUUUGUAAACAUGUAGUGACAUUAUGUGAAAACAUUAUGCACAAUCUGUAAAUUGUUAACAACACAAUCCAUGUAAACAUGUAAUAUGUAUACAUUGUUUACAACACAAUCCAUGUAGUGGCAUUAUGUGAAAACAUUAUGCACAAUCAGUAAACAUUGUUGACAACACAAUCUAUGUAAACAUGUAGUUACAUUAUGUGAAAACAUUAUGCACAAUCAGUAAACAUUGUUGACAACACAAUCUAUGUAAACAUGUAAUCUGUAAACAUUGUUUACAACACAAUCUAUGUGGUGACAUUAUGUGAAAACAUUAUGCACAAUCAGUAAACAUUGUUGACAACACAAUCUAUGUAAACAUGUAGUUACAUUAUGUGAAAACAUUAUGCACAAUCAGUAAACAUUGUUGACAACACAAUCUAUGUAAACAUGUAAUAUGUAUACAUUGUUUACAACACAAUCUAUGUAGUGACAUGUGAAAACAUUAUGCACAUCAGUAAACAUUGUUGACAACACAAUCUAUGUAAACAUGUAAUCUGUAAACAUUGUUUACAUCACAAUCCAUGUUAACAUGUAAUGACAUGUGAAAACAUGCACAAUCAGUAAACAUUGUUGACAACACAAUCUAUGUAAUCUGUAAACAUUGUUUACAACACAAUCUAUGUAAACGUGUAGUGACAUUAUGUGUAAACAUGCACAAUAUGUAAACAUUGUAUGGCAGUAUACAUGUUUACUAUUGAUCCUUGUUGAUUGAGUGGGAAUUCAUUUUAUAAUGUCUGCUUUAAACUAAUGUAUGUUAUAUAUUGUGGUGGGGGCACAAAAUUCAGUUAUUUUUGAUAACCAAAAAUAAAUAGCUAUAUUAAUAAAAAACUAUGAUUGAGUUAUUACAAUCAGAA